CCAUGCCAUCCUCAUCGCAAGCAAGGCAGCACAACUCCUUCAGUAACAAAGCAUCACCUGCUUCUUCCUUCGCCUGUGAUCCAUUCAACCGAGAGCAUGUCUUGCUGCAGCGGCAACUGCGGGUGCGGCUCCGGCUGCCAGUGCGGCAGCGGUUGCGGCGGCUGCAAGAUGUCCCCUGACAUGGAGACCACCGCCACCGUCGGCAUGAAGCCCAUGGUGCUCGCUGCACCGACCACCAAGGCCAGCGCCGGCGGGUUCGAGGCGGCCGUCGAGGGUGGCGGCUGCGACUGCAACACCUGCAAGUGCGGCAGCAGCUGCGGCUGCAGCUGCUGCAGCUGCAACUGAGCCAUCCCGGCGAUGGCGCACGAGGAGGAAGGAGGAGACAGAGACAACAACCACCCCCCAGCGUACUAAACUAUGUAGCGGCGUCUAAAUAAGAUCCUGUCAACUGCGUGCGUGCACCGCCAUUAUUCAUGCAUGGUCGCCGGCCUCGUCUCCGUCUCCGAUCCUGGGGUUGUUCAUCUCCAACGUCUCGCGGUUUGACGAUUGCCGUCGUCGUCGAUCCUAUGUCCGCCUCGUGCCUGAUCUAAUAUAUGUGUUUUUUUUCUGCAUUA